UUUUGAUAACGUUGGUUUAAACACGUCCAACCGUUCCUUUUAGGCCCAGGGAGCCUGUCAGGCAAGCCGACUGGAUUGCUCGAGCAACCUCAACUGUAUGCACUCGACACCGGAAUCCACAAAUUCGGGCGAUAGAAGACGAUGGCUCCCAGUACCCCAAGGUUGGUGGUGCCCAUAGAUCCGAAGAAGAAGCCACGGGAACAGAAAUUGCCACUCCAUAACCGCUGGCACCCAAGCAUCCCCCCAGUUGCGGACGUUAUGACGGGGGAACUGUUCAGGGUUGAGAUGGUAGACUGGACUGGGGGCAGCAUUGGAGAUAACGAUUCAGCGAUGGAUGUCAAAAACAUAGAUCUGUUCACAGUACAUUAUCUUAGUGGCCCAUGUAGGGUUAUUGAUGUGGACGGAAUACCGGCCAAGCCCGGUGACAUUCUUGCCGUAGAAAUCUGUGAUUUGGGCCCUUUGUCUGGAGAUGAGUGGGGCUACACAGGCACAUUUGACAGAGAAAACGGUGGAGGCUUCCUAACUGAUCACUUCCCCUGUGCAACCAAAGCAAUUUGGUAUUUUGAAGGGAUUUAUGCACGCUCACCUCAUAUACCAGGUGUUCGCUUUGCAGGUUUAACUCACCCUGGCAUAAUCGGCACUGCACCAUCGAAGGAACUCCUUGACAUAUGGAAUGAAAGAGAAAAGGAACUACAAGAUAAUGGCUUCAAUCGUUUGCAAUUAUGUGAUAUAUUGCACACACGACCACUUGCUAAUUUACCAACACUCAAAGGUUGCUUACUCGGAAUGAUCAGAGAAGGAACAAAGGAAUGGGAAAAGAUUGCACGUGAGGCUGCAAGGACAAUACCAGGAAGGGAGAAUGGUGGAAACUGUGACAUAAAGAAUCUCAGCAGGGGUUCAAAAAUAUACCUACCUGUAUUUGUCGAAGGAGCGAAUCUUAGUAUGGGAGACAUGCAUUUCUCCCAAGGAGAUGGUGAAGUUUCUUUUUGUGGGGCAAUUGAAAUGAGUGGAUUCUUAGAGUUAAGAUGUGAAAUUAUAAGGGACGGGAUGAGGAAGUAUCUCACACCAAUGGGUCCAACAAGACUUCACGUAAAUCCAGUCUUUGAGAUUGGUCCAGUUGAACCCAGGUUCUCAGAAUGGCUUGUAUUUGAAGGUAUAAGUGUGGAUGAAAGUGGAAAGCAGCAUUACCUUGAUGCAACUGUUGCUUAUAAGCGAGCUGUUCUCAAUGCUAUUGACUACCUCUCCAAAUUUGGCUACUCGAAAGAGCAGUGUUAUCUUCUCCUCUCCUGCUGCCCAUGUGAAGGAAGGAUCUCAGGGAUAGUGGAUGCUCCAAAUGCCGUGGCUACACUUGCCAUACCCAUUGCCAUAUUUGACCAGGAUAUCCGACCAAGAAAACAAGAGGUGCCUAAUGGACCCAAAGUGAUGAAGAGGCCUGACGUCCUCAAAUGUACUUACCAUGGAAGCCUUCCAAUUACAAGGAACCUGGCCACAGAAUGACAUGAAUGUCUGUCUAUGCUUUAUUUGAUUGUAGAAUGAGCUUAAUUAUGUCCAUUGUUUUGAUAGCACAUACAUAUGGUUAGAUGUGCCAUAGUGCUGAUCUCAAAGGUGGCUAUGAGGCAAGACAUCGAAUUGUACUAGAUCCUCCUUUGACGACAUGCGUCAUCCUUACACAUGUUUUGACUUAUUAGUUUAUUGCAUGUUCGGUGUACCAUUACCA